CAUUCAAAUUUUGAAAUCCCACGAAGAAAGAGAAUUCUAGACAGAGAGAGAAGGAAGAUCGGAGCAGAGCAGAGUAGUGUACCUUAACUUUACAACCGGCGGCAGUGGCAAGGAUGAUGAAGUCGUACUACAAGCAGAAGAAACCCAACCGGAGCGACGCCGUCGGCAAACCCUCCAAGUCAAUCAAGAAGAAAUCCCCGGCCGCCUUGAUCACUUCUCCCCACGGCGCUCCCCAUCUCCAAGAGGAUGUGGAGAAAACCGAGCAGGUGCUGAGGGAAUUUGACAUGAACAUGGCCUACGGACCUUGCAUCGGAAUGACGAGAAUGGCCCGCUGGCAGCGAGCUCAACGCCUGGGCCUCGAUCCUCCCGGCGACGUCAAGAAUCUCCUGGACUCGGGCAAAACCGAGACGAAGAGCCUCUGGGAUGAUCGUGUCUAGAAAGAAACCCUAACUUGUCCGUCCUUCCUUUUUGGUACUUCUUAAUUCAAAUCGUGUUUCUGUGUAUUGUCUUUCUGUAACAGAAAUCGGCGCAGCCUCUGGCUGCACGAUCCAACUCAGAACUCUGUAAUCUUCUGCUUAAUUUGAGGUAUCGAAAAACUCUGAUUUGUGCUGAAAGUUCUUUGCUUUGAACAUGCUAGCCUUAUUUACAUAACUCUAUAGGAAUGUCUGCUAUGUGCAUAAUAAGGAUAAGGUUACAUCGUGGGAACUAGUUAUGUCGAAAAUGGCUCUACAAAAGAAGCAAACUUUUGGGAAUCCACAAUCAAUUAACACUCGUUGACAUCUUCAUUCCUUCUUCUCUGCAAGCUUCUUACCAUCUGGGAUACAGGAAGCCCAGUAGAUAGGUACCAUUGUGCAUAAGGCCUGUAUCAGGAGUCCCCUGGGCAGCCUCGAGAAGUCAUCUCCGGUCACACCAACGAUCGAUACAAGUGCAAUGCCGAGAUAGCCACUGAUGAUGAACGAGAGGGCUACAGCGGAUGCCACUAAUGCCAUCAGGGAACCCUCGCAUCCGGGAGGGCAUAGCUGCGCCAUCACGAUGUUGAAUGGGAGAAGCUUGAAGAAGUAGAGUACCUCCAGGAGACCCGAGAAGACUACAACGUAAAGUGAAUCCGGUACGCCCAUGUUCCGGUAAACUCCCCUCACGAACAGGACAUCGGAGGCCAUGAGCAGUGCCAUUGUUGUC